AUGGCCAAGGAAGCUGACGCCUGGUCACGCUCAAAAGCCGCUACUGAAUUUGCCGGAUUGAGCUUGAGUGGUGCUCCUCAUGAUCUUGCGUCAGGUACUCUCGAUCGCAAUGGUGUACAAGGCGGCAUAAAUCCCAUUUUGAGGCGUGGAUUGCCCUCUAUUCACAAAUCUCUUGGAUUACCUUACUCGAACGGCAAUAUACCACCUUCCGCUGUGAUUUAUCAGCAUGCUGGUAUGAGAUUCAAUCCUGCUUCCGCUGAUCAACACGUUGGCACGAUGAACCAUGCGCAUGCAGCUAUGAUUCCUGCCGCUACCGAUUUCGUGGUUGGUAAUCGACUUGGUCCUGCCCUCAUCCACAACAAUGCAGCUGAUCAAAAUCCGCCCUGCAAUACCUUCUAUGUGGGCAAUCUGCCACUAACGACAAGGGAAGAAGAAUGA